AUGGACAUGAUUAGGGCAAUACGAGCCUGCAAAACUGCUGCAGAAGAGCGUGCUGUUGUUAGAAAAGAAUGUGCUUCUAUUCGUGCAUCAGUUAGUGAUAAUGAUAAUGAUUACAGACACUGUAACUUGGAAAAGCUCAUGUUCAUUCACAUGUUAGGAUACCCCACACAUUUUGGCCAAAUGGAGUGCUUGAAACUUAUAGCAGCUCUUGGAUUCCUUGAAAAGAGAAUAGGAUAUCUGGGACUUAUGUUGCUUCUUCAUGAAAGACAAGAAGUUUUGAUGCUUGUCACCAAUUCACUAAAGCAAGAUCUUAACCACACCAAUCAGUACAUUGUGGGACUAGCUCUUUGUGCUUUGGGUAAUAUAUGUUCUGUAGAAAUGGCUCGUGAUCUUGCACCUGAAGCAGCAAUGUGCUCAAUAAGGAUUGUAAAGAAGGUCCCUGACCUUGCAGAAAAUUUUUUCAACCCUGUUGUUUCCUUACUUAAAGAAAAAGAUCAUGGGGUUCUUUUAACAGCAAUCCAGCUCUGUACAGAUCUCUGUAACCUUAAUGAAGAGGCUCUUGAAUUUUUCAGGAAGAUAAAUAUACUUGAUCUUAUAUGCACAGAGGUGUUGGUGAAAGUUUUGAAGGAUGUUGUCAACAGCCCAUAUGCUCCUGAAUAUGAUGUUUCAGGUAUUGCAAACCCUUUUCUUCAUAUAAGACUGCUUCGCCUUUUGCGUGUUUUGGGCCAUGGAGAUGCUGAUGCUAGUGAUUCCAUGAAUGACAUUCUUGCCCAGGUGGCAACAAAAACUGAGUCAAACAAGAAUGCAGGGAAUGCAAUACUUUAUGAAUGUGUAGAAACCAUUAUGAGCAUUGAAGAUAGCAGUGGUUUACAUGUUCUUGCAAUCAAUAUAUUGGGAAGAUUCUUGUCUAAUCGUGACAACAAUAUCAGCCAUGUCUGA